AUGGCAUUGGACAUUCAAGCCUAUACUGUAACCCUUCUCUGGAGCAACCUGUUGGUUUCUCGAUCAUCGGCACAAUGGUUGAAUGAUGCCAGUGGACAUCCUACAAUAAAAUAUUCAAUAAUAAAUUUAAAUGGUGAGCAGAUGAUGGUCUCAUGGAAUGCUACCCAAAAUUUUCCUGACAGGAAUGUGACCAUGUUUUAUCGGUUUGAUGAACAUGAGUACAAGCAAUGCCCUCAAUAUAUACUUGAUCAAGGAUAUAAUACUGGAUGUCGCUUCAGGACUGAAGGGGAAGAUUUUCAUAUUUUCAUCAAUGAUACAGCUGGUACAGAACAGCAUUACUCUGAUGAACAAGGCGUCCAUGCAUUCUUUAAGCCCAACUCUCCUGAAAAUGUCACCUUCAAAUGGGCAGAUGGCAACGUAAUUGUACAAUGCAACCCACCCCAGCAUCUACGAUGUCUUAAGAUGGAAUUUCAGUACAAAAACACAUUGGACCAAAAAUGGAAGUCCAGGAAAGGCAAAUGCUGCAAGAUUGAAGAGCACGGGCUUGAUCCAGCUGAGUGUUACUCAUUUCGACUCAGGCUGGAACGGUCAGACAAUUGUAACAAAGUUGCUUAUUUUAGUGAAUGGGGAGCUGAAACACUCUGGAAGGACGGCAGUUCCAUAGAUUCCUGUGCUAUAGAUCCAGAGUCAAACACUAUAAUCCUUUUGACUUCAGUAUUGGCCGCAGUCUUGGCAGUAUUUGCCCUCUUGAUGUUUGUUUGCAGACUGCAAAGGAUUAGAAGGAGCAUAAUGCCUGUUAUACCAGACCCAAAACAUAUGUAUUUGGACUUAUUCAGUGAUCAUGAGGGGAACUUCCAGGACUGGAUUUGCAAAACUGAAAAUGUGUUGGUUCAAGCAAAGGUAGAAGAUGAGGAAGAGGAGUGCGUCAUUGAAGAGCGAGAAGUCGAGGACACCCGGGCCGAAAAAAGUGGAAGCCCGAAAGAUUGUUCCAUGAAACAUUCAGGAUAA